CUCUAACACACACAUUUGCACAGGCAAAUUUCAGGGACACAGGCAGUCACUUAUUCGAUGAGGGUUUAGGCUGUUUUGCAUGCAGACUGAGAGACAGAGCAGAAAGAUGAUUUUGUGAGUCAGAGAUUGAGAUAAAACUGAAAAACACAGAGAUUCACACACUCACAGGUCUGACAGAGUUUUAAACAGCAGUUCACACAUACUUAAACUGACAGAUCUUGUGUGUGUAUGUGUGUGAGAGGUAAUGACACGUUAUUGUAGUCUGUUUCGUCGACUGCUGUCUCACGGCAGUAAAGAAGAGGAUGAGGAUGAAGCUAAAGGACCGAAGAAGACCGCCAGCACUGAACCUGAGUCUCAGUUGAAGGGAAUUGUGACCAGGCUCUUCAGUGAGCAGGGCUUCUUCCUACAGAUGCAGCCUGAUGGAACCAUCAGUGGGAGUAAAGAUGAAAACAGCGACUACACUCUCUUUAAUCUGAUUCCGGUGGGUUUGCGAGUCGUGGCGAUACAGGGUGUGAAAGCGGGACUUUAUGUAGCCAUGAACGGAGAAGGUUUUCUUUACUCAACGGACGUGUUCACAGCAGAGUGUAGGUUUAAGGAGAGCGUGUUUGAGAAUUAUUAUGUGAUCUACUCGUCCACGCUGUACCGUCAGCAUGAGAGUGGACGCGCCUGGUUCCUUGGGCUCAAUAAAGAAGGAAUAAUUAUGAAGGGGAACCGGGUCAAGAAAACUAAACCGUGUUCGCACUUUGUGCCGAGACCCAUUGAAGUGUGUAUGUAUAAGGAACCGUCGCUGCAUGAAAUCGACGAGAAGCAGAGAUCGAGGAAAAACUCAGGAACUCCAACUAUGGGCGUCAGAAAAGAGCUGAACCAAGACUCUACUGAUCAUGAAGGAUCAUAACCACACACACAUACACAUACACACACACACACACACACACACACACACACACACACUGACCUGUAAAUGUACACACACACUCGCACACACACAGUGACCCCUGGAGCUGAAUGCUUUCUUACACCUGAACAAACAGCAGCAACUUCAGCAUCAACAAACAUCAAUCGAAAACAAAAUAAAAGAAGUAACAUGAAAAAAAGAUGAAUUCUUGCCUGUGAAAAUAUUUUAGGAAUAUUUGAAAAUCAGGACAUGAUUUUACAUUUUAUGCAAAGUCGGGCAAGUGUUUGUUCACGCAACGUUGUCAUGGAGACAUGUGAGGGUGAUUCUGUUGGGAGUCCGAGCUUUAAGCCAUGCCAAUAUUUACACAUUGAUUUAUGAAUGCCAAAAGCACUUUCACUCACUGCUAUAUGUCGUGCACCUCAUGAAUAUUGAAUGUUCUCAUUGAUUGUGUCCUCCAAUCAUUGCUCUAGUUUUUUAUUCAAGGUGGGGGGUCUUUUGAAUUCUGCUCUCUGAUUGGCUGAAGUGGAGUGUCCAGGAAUUGUGCUCUGCUGAUAGGUUCUGACCGUCAUGUGACAUUACUGGAAUGGAAAAGUACAUUAUAAAUCACCACAUAGAUUUGCUUAAUCUUAUUCAACUGUAAGAAAUGCAUGAAAGGGGUCUUAUACUUUUAGUCAAGGUUACACAUCAUGAUUUAAUUUAUCGUGACCAUGAAUCAAGCAAGCUUUUUUAUUUUUGCUACUGUACCUUUAAGACUUCGAUAUGUAAGACAUGCAUUAUGAUCGGUGAUUGGGUAAGUUACUCAAAAAAGUAAUCCACUCCAAAUGAAUAAUUAUUUCUCUAAAAUUGUAAUUAGAUUACUACUUAUUACUUUACUUUUAAAGUUAGUUACUUUUUAAAACGCUUUUCGUAGAAACAUUUUUUUUUCUGUUUAACAAAUUCCAGUUGAUGUCUCUAUUUUCUUGUUGUAUAUUGUCGCACACAAGUCAUACUCGUUAGGGGGUGCACUCCCGUCAGCUGUCACAGAAACGCAAACAAAAAUCAGAAAUCUGUGUUACAGUGAGACACUUAUAAUGGAAGUGAAUGGGGCAAAUCCAUAAACGUUAAAAUACUGUUUCAAAGUAUAGCCACAAGACGUAGACUAUAUGAGUGUUUAUAUGAUUUAAGUGUGAUAAAAUCACUUACUAACCGUGUCUGUGUAAAGUUAAAUCCAAUUUGACAAUGUAAACCCUAAAAUGACCAUAAAACAACCAUUUAAAUGCUUUUACGGCUCAAAUAAUACACAGGUUUUAACAGAAUAAUAGGGAUAAGGGAUAGUUCACCCAAAAAUGAAAAUUCUCUCAUCAUUUACUCACUAUAAUGCCAUCCCAGAUGUGUAUGACUUUCUCUCU